CUCCGGCCAGAAGACGAAAAACUGUACACAAUAUGUAUAAUUAUCUAAUCAACAAAUUGGGAAUUGGGGGACCCUCAAGAAUUCUCUUUACUUUAUUGACUUCCUUGCAAUCUGCCAGACAUGGCUUCAUCCGCUACUUUCUCCCAACACACAUCCUUUUUUUUUUUUUUAAAUUCUUUUUCUAUUGCUCUCCCCAUCGAACAAUCUCCAUUAACACUUCUUCUCCACCUCUCUCUCUCUCUCUCUCUCUCUCUCUCUCUCUCUAUAUAUAUAUAUAUGCAUCCGGCCUUCCUUUCUUCUAAACAAACACACCAACUUCUCCGCGCCUCUCUCUCUCUCUCUGAGCAUUUUCCAAUGGAGGUGAUAACAAAGAAGCAAACUUGGAAACACUGUUCGACUUCAACUCCUGAUCUAGCCGUGCACCAAGAUUCAAAGAAAAUAUCCAAACCCAAACCAAAGAUACGCAUAAUUCACAUAUUUGCACCCGACAUCAUCCAAACCGACGCAGCAAACUUCCGCGAGUUAGUGCAACGACUCACCGGAAAACCCAGUACAGAAAAGGGCUGCAAUGAGAAACCAAGAAUUACCGGAAGAGAAGAGCCGAGAACUGCUUCAUCCGACGAGCCAGUGGCGAAGAAAAUGGAGCUCCGACCUAUGAUUCGUGGUCUGGAGUCAAGGGAGAGAGCUAAGGACGAGGAAGGGAUGUGGAAUGGCGAGAGUUCAGGUGGGUUCUUGGGCGGUUUUGCAGACUUGGAGUUUAUCCAAGAGCUUGGUGAAUUCCCACUUCUUCCGUUGGAUGCUAAUUCCCACAUGCAUGGCUUUGGAGAAGCUCAACUUGCCUAGCUAUUAAUAGAAACCGAAGGGUUUUUCUUUCAUGGCCUUUUCUUCUGUCAUUUUAUGAUUAAUGUUUGAGCUUUAGGGAUUUUUUUUUUGGGUUAUCUUUAGGAAUUUUGAUUUUGGAAAUUUUAUUAAUCAUAUGGUAUCUGAUGAUGAUCUUUAUUUACUUA